CAGCGCCGCGGAGGGCUCGGGCGGUGAGAGCGGUGCGGCGCUGGGUGCUGGCGGGUUCCGCCGAGACGCCGAGCGGACGCAGCUUGCGCUGGGUUGGGGCUCGCCGCUUGCAGCCAUGACCCUCGUAGUCUGUCCGUCGGCCCCGGCCCGGGGCGUCUAAUAUCCCACACAGACGCGCGCAGCUGCCGGAGAGCCGGCCGCUGCCCCCUCGUCGCCCUUGGUGCCUUAUCACACUCCCCUUCCCGGAGCUGGGAGCAGCGCGGGCAGCCGACGCCCCCGUGCAAACUGGGGGUGUCUGCUGGAGCAGCCCCCGCCGCCGCCGCUGCUGCCCCCGGCUCUGGCCAUGGCCUGGCGGGGCGCGGGGUCGAGCGUCCCGGGGGCGCCCGGGGGCGUCGGUCUCAGUCUGCGGCUGCUGCUGCUGUUGCUGCUACUCCUGGGGCCGGCGCGGGGCUUCGGGGACGAGGAGGAGCGGCGCUGCGACCCCAUCCGCAUCUCCAUGUGCCAGAACCUGGGCUACAACGUGACCAAGAUGCCCAACCUGGUGGGGCACGAGCUGCAGACGGACGCCGAGCUGCAGCUGACAACGUUCACGCCUCUCAUCCAGUACGGCUGCUCCAGCCAGCUGCAGUUCUUCCUUUGUUCGGUUUAUGUGCCAAUGUGCACAGAGAAGAUCAACAUCCCCAUCGGCCCGUGCGGCGGCAUGUGUCUUUCAGUCAAGAGACGCUGUGAACCUGUCCUGAAGGAAUUUGGAUUUGCCUGGCCGGAGAGCCUGAACUGCAGCAAAUUCCCGCCACAGAAUGACCACAACCACAUGUGCAUGGAAGGGCCGGGUGACGAGGAGGUGCCGUUACCCCACAAAACCCCCAUCCAGCCUGGGGAAGAGUGCCAUUCCGUGGGAGCCAAUUCUGAUCAGUACAUCUGGGUGAAAAGGAGCCUGAACUGCGUUCUCAAGUGUGGCUACGAUGCUGGCUUGUACAGCCGCUCGGCCAAGGAGUUCACCGAUAUCUGGAUGGCAGUGUGGGCCAGCCUGUGCUUCAUCUCCACCGCCUUCACGGUGCUGACUUUCCUCAUCGAUUCUUCCAGGUUUUCCUACCCUGAGCGCCCCAUCAUAUUUCUCAGUAUGUGCUAUAAUAUUUAUAGCAUUGCUUAUAUUGUCAGGCUGACUGUAGGCCGGGAAAGGAUAUCCUGCGAUUUUGAAGAGGCAGCAGAACCUGUUCUCAUCCAAGAAGGACUUAAGAACACAGGAUGUGCAAUCAUUUUCUUGCUGAUGUACUUUUUUGGAAUGGCCAGUUCCAUCUGGUGGGUUAUUCUGACACUCACUUGGUUCUUGGCAGCCGGACUCAAAUGGGGUCAUGAAGCCAUUGAAAUGCACAGCUCUUAUUUCCACAUUGCAGCCUGGGCCAUCCCUGCAGUGAAAACCAUUGUCAUCUUGAUUAUGAGACUAGUGGAUGCUGAUGAACUAACUGGCCUGUGCUAUGUUGGGAACCAAAACCUUGAUGCCCUCACGGGCUUUGUGGUGGCUCCUCUCUUCACUUACUUAGUAAUCGGAACUUUGUUCAUUGCUGCGGGUUUGGUGGCCUUGUUCAAAAUUCGGUCAAAUCUUCAAAAGGAUGGGACAAAGACGGACAAGUUGGAAAGGCUGAUGGUCAAGAUUGGGGUCUUCUCAGUCCUGUACACAGUUCCUGCAACCUGUGUGAUUGCCUGUUAUUUCUACGAAAUCUCCAACUGGGCUCUCUUCCGGUAUUCUGCAGAUGACUCCAAUAUGGCAGUUGAAAUGUUGAAAAUUUUUAUGUCUUUGCUGGUGGGCAUCACUUCGGGCAUGUGGAUUUGGUCUGCCAAAACUCUUCACACGUGGCAGAAGUGUUCCAACAGAUUGGUGAAUUCUGGGAAGGUAAAGAGAGAAAAGAGAGGGAAUGGUUGGGUGAAGCCUGGGAAAGGCAAUGAAACUGUAGUAUAAGGCUAGCUAGCCUCCACGCCUUCCAAAUUUUGAAGG